CCGGGGCCGUGCGGGAGGAGUCGCGGGCGGCGGAGGCCCGGCGGGCUCGCAGCACGGCCAUGGCGUUCGGCAGGAGUCACCGGGACCCGUACGCGAACUCCCUGGGCCAGCUGAUAGAAAAGGCUACGUUUGCUGGAGUGCAGACGGAAGACUGGGGCCAGUUCAUGCACAUCUGUGACAUAAUUAACACCACCCACGAUGGGCCAAAAGAUGCAGUAAAAGCUUUGAAGAAAAGGAUUUCCAAAAACUACAAUCAUAAAGAAAUCCAACUCACCUUGUCAUUUCCGUUGGUUGCUCUUGGGCUGCCUUUCUGGAUCCUCCUUCCAGCCUCCCAGUUGAAUCCCAGUGUGCUUCCUGCUCUCUGUUCAUGCGAGGCAGCCCCAGGUACUCCCUGUGGGCUGAAGUCUCUCCUGAACUGGAUCUGCGCACGUACAGCUCUCAGCCAGAAAUCUCCACUUGAUUGUCCCUGUCCUUUUGUCUUAGUCAUCUUGAGCUGCUCUAACAAGCUUAUUGACAUGUGCAUGCAGAACUGUGGUCCGAGUUUCCAGUCUCUGAUUGUGAAGAAGGAGUUUGUUAAAGAUAGUCUAGUUAAGCUGCUGAAUCCCAGAUACACAUUGCCAAUAGACAUUCAGAAUAGAAUUUUGAAUUUCAUUAAGACAUGGUCGCAGGGUUUCCCAGGAGGUGUGGAUGUCAGUGAAGUGAAAGACGUGUACCUGGACCUUCUUAAGAAAGGGGUUCAGUUUCCUUCAUCAGAUGCAGAGACUGAAACAGCCAGACAAGAGAUGUCACUGAAUCCACCACCAUCUGUUCCUUCUGCACCGGCUCUUCCUUCUGUAGUUCCCAAGAUCUCCACUAUUACAUUGGUCCCAGAACAGAUUGGAAAACUACACAGUGAAUUGGAUAUGGUGAAAAUGAAUGUGAGAGUAAUGUCUGCCAUACUGAUGGAGAAUAUUCCUGGGUCUGAGAACCAUGAAGACAUGGAGCUUCUGCAGAAACUGUAUAAGACGGGUCGGGAGAUGCAGGAGAGGAUCAUGGACCUGCUUGUGGUGGUGGAGAAUGAAGAUGUCACUGCUGAGCUGAUUCAAGUGAACGAGGACUUGAAUAAUGCCAUCCUUGGGUGUGAGAGGUUUACUCGAAACCAACAAAGGAUUUUAGAGCAAAAUAAGAGCCAGAGGGAAGAUGCCAAUACUACCAGUGAACCUUCUGCCCCAUCCUCAGAUCUCCUUGACCUGAGUCCCAGCCUUCCGAUGCCUAGGACCACCCUGGGAGAAGUCAGCACCCUGAACACUCAGCUUUCAGACUUAAAUUUCAGCUCUCUGAGUCCGGUUGUACCAAACAACUUCAAACCCAGUAUUAAUACACAGGUGGAUCUGCUGGCCUUGGAAAAUACAGAAACACCCCUGUUUGCCCAAAGGACCAGCCAAAACCUCGCCUCAAGUCAUACAUACGAGAGUUUUCUGGAACAUUCAAAUGCAGUAUUACUGCAGCCAGUUAGCCUACAGACCGUUCCAGCAACACCAUCAAACCAGAGACUGCCACCUCUGCCUAGCAAUCAUCCAGCGAUGACAAAGAACGAUCUCCAGCCACCCAAUUACUGUGAAGUAAUGGAGUUUGAUCCCUUAGCUCCUGCUGUCACCACAGAAGCUAUUUAUGAAGACAUUGAUGUUCAUCACCACAAAGGAGCUCAAAGUCACAGUGAUUGUUGAGGUGGAGAUGGAUGACCAGUUCACUAGCAGCAUUAUGGGUGCCAAUUUUCCAAACGGUGGACCCUGUCCAGCUUUGAGACCCACAAGUUAAAACCUUCCAAAACAUCAAAACCACAGUGGAAUAUUUUUCCUCUGCAUUAAUGAGGUUUAAACAGAAGAGUCACAGUUCCAGAGUAACAUAUAUGGUUCCUGACAGCAGCUUAAGCUUUAUCUCAGAAGAACUUGGUUGUAAUAUACAUUCCCUUAAAACUUAGGCAGAACAAAAAUUCAUGGUACUGAGGCCAACCAUGUUAAGUGUAGCACCUUAUGUUUUCACAGGCCUUCCUACAUUUAGAAUCAUCACAAGAGAUGGGAUAAGAGUAGAUGAAGACUGUUUCAGUACAAAAUAACUGUUAAUAAGUCAAAGCAUGACAUGGAAAAACUCUGUUAUUCAGGAAGAAUACUUGAGUGCCUUUAUUUACCUAAAGUUGAAUGUAAAAGUCAAUUUGCACUUCUUUAUAAAUAACACUCUUAUUUAGAAUUAUAAGUUGUGAAACCUUUGAUGAUUGUAGUUCAACUGUAUUUCAGGUUUACCCUCAAGAGGUCACUGGAUUCUACAUUGGUUGCCUUUAAAUACAAUUCUUUAUAACACUAAAUGGUUGUUUUUGUCUUUUUGGAAGAAAAGUCUAUUGGAAAACAUUU